AUGCCACCUGUGGUGACCCUGGGCACGCCUCUGGCGGAAGCCCUAAGCAAUGUUGUGCAGCCCAAGCUGGUGGAAAUGGGAUGGAGCGCUGAUGGCGGCGAGGACUCGGCUCUAACAGAAUACGUGAUUCUCAUGCUUGUCAACGGCAAAACCCAGGAGCAGAUCGCAUAUGAGCUUUCAAACGACCUUCUCAACCUGGGUGAAGGUGACACGCAAGCUCUUGACUUCUCUCGCUGGCUCUUCGAACAGGUCGAGAUUCUUGAUAAACAGAUCAACGGCGCGUCCUCUACCUCCGAACAACCUCCCUCUACGCAAGCCAUCCCAUCCUUCAAUGACCAAGGAAACGCCCCAUCUCAACAGAACCAGCAGGAUGCGGAGAUGGGUGAAGCUUCGGGUCAAGGCGACUCUGUGUAUGUAUACCCCAGUCCUUUGACUCCAUGCAAAUCCCUGACUAACCGCGACUGGACUAGGCCAACGGGUCCUCGAGCCAUGCGCAAUGGCAGACAAGGUGGACGAGGCCGACUACUAGGCCAGAUCAACAAGAACAUGGAGCGAAGCGGCGAUUCGAUGCUCCAUCGCGUUCGCGCUCAGCCCGGGUUAGGGCGCAUCAAUUCGCACGCCCGUGAUUUUCACAAGGGUCCCAGAGGUCCACACGGAAGAAUGGGCCAAGGUCGACAAAUGGGAGGAAUGGGUCACGGGAUGCAGGGUGGACAGAUGCAGGGCUCUCCAGCAGGCAAUAUCAUGCAGAUGAGCCCGGAGAACCAGAUGCAGCUCAUGGCUCUUCUCGAAGAGCAAGCGAGAAUGAUGGCCCAGCUCAUGCCCGGCUUUAUGCCCCCUGCGGUGAACCCGAAUUUCCAACAAGGUGCACAGGGUCAGCAGGGUAAAUCUCUUUUUGAACGAGUCGAACAGCCGCAGCGCAACAAAGGGGGCGACUUCGCCGCCCGGGCGGCACAGAAUGGAAUCUCGGUCAAGAAACCUGAUGAGCAGACGGCGCCCGAUGGAGAGAUGGACACGACUGCGGAUCAGACUCAGAAGGAUGGUGAAAAGGGAGAAGUCAACACGGACACUGUCUGUCGGUAUAAUCUACGGUGUACAAAGAAGGAUUGUCCUUAUGCACACCAAUCACCUGCUGCGCCCGAAGGCAUUCUUGUCGACGUGACGGAUACCUGCCCUUUUGGUCCCGCAUGCAAAAACAAGAAGUGUACUGGACGUCACCCAUCUCCAGCCUUGAAGCAAGCUCAUCAAGCCGAAGAAGUUUGCCGCUUCUUCCCUCACUGUGCAAACCCUCACUGUCCAUUCAAGCAUCCUAGCAUGCCAUUAUGUCGCAACGGUGCUGAUUGCAAUGUCCCUGGAUGCAAAUUCACCCACCUUACGACGCCAUGCAAAUUCCAUCCCUGUCUUAACCGGAAUUGUCCCUACAAACACAAGGAGGGCCAGAAAGGCAAUUUUGCAGACAAAGUGUGGGUUGCGGAUGACAAGAAGGAGAAGACCCAUGUCAGCGAAAGGAAGUUUGUUGCAGAUGAGAAUGCGGAGGAGGAGUUGAUCAAGCCCGGCGCGGCUCCUGAAGGCUCCCAAGGCCAGGAGCUGAUCACUUGA